GCUUCUUGCUUCUGUGUCUCCUCCACAGUUGUACUGCAAGCGUUCUUUUCUAGAUAUUUAAGAUGUCAAGGACGAGGACUGCUGCUUCUGAGGCUCACGAUUCAAUGGAGUCUGAAGAAAGGGUAGACCUUGACGGUGACAAUGAUCCUGAGGAGAUUCUGGAGGAGGAAGUUGAAUACGAAGAAGUAGAAGAGGAGGAGGAGAUUGAAGAGAUAGAAGAGGAGAUAGAGGAGGAGGUGGAAGUGGAAGAAGAGGAGGAGGAUGCCGUUGCAACGGAAGAGGAAGAAGAAAAGAAAAGGCAUGUUGAACUCCUUGCACUUCCUCCGCAUGGUUCAGAGGUUUAUCUUGGAGGGAUUCCUACUGAUGCUACUGAAGGGGACUUAAAGGGCUUCUGUCAAUCAAUAGGAGAAGUUACUGAGGUUAGGAUAAUGAGGGAAAAGGAAUCUGGUGAUGGAAAGGGGUAUGCAUUUGUGACAUUCAGAAACAAGGACUUAGCAUCUGAAGCAAUCGAUACUCUAAAUAGCACUGAAUUCAGAGGUAAAAGGAUAAAAUGUUCGACUACCCAAGCAAAGCAUCGUCUCUUUCUUGGUAAUGUUCCUAGAAAUUGGACUGAGUCAGACAUUAAGAAAGCAGCGAAUAAAAUUGGUCCAGGCGUUCAAAUUGUCGAACUCCCAAAGGAACCACAAAAUAUGGGCCGGAAUCGUGGAUUUGCUUUCAUCGAGUAUUACAACCAUGCAUGUGCUGAAUACUCGAAACAAAAAAUGUCAAAUCCGAGUUUUAAGCUUGAUGAUAAUGCCCCAACUGUAAGCUGGGCUGAAUCAAGGAGUGGAGGAGGAGGAGACUCUUCGGCUUCCCAGGUCAAGGCAUUGUACAUCAAGAACUUGCCUAGAGAUAUAACACAAGAACGUCUAAAGGCAUUAUUUGAACAUCACGGGAAAAUACUGAAAGUGGUGAUUCCACCAGCAAAACCAGGAAAGGAAGACAGUAGAUACGGAUUUGUGCACUAUGCAGAGAGGACAAGUGUCAUGCGAGCUUUGAAAAACACUGAAAGAUAUGAGAUUGAUGGUCAUAUGUUGGAUUGUACUCUGGCAAAGCCUCAAGCGGAUCAAAAGGCGAAUACAAAUACAGUUCAGAAUGUGCAGAAAUCACAAUUGCAACCAAACUAUCCUCCUCUUCUUAGUUAUGGCAUGGCUCCUAAUCCCUUUGGUGCUCUUGGUGGAUUUGGAGCUUCUGCCUACUCACAACCAUUAAUGCAUGCUGGAGGUCACGCAGCUGGUGGAAUGUCGAUGAUGCCAAUAAUGUUACCCGAUGGAAGAAUCGGAUAUGUCUUGCAACAGCCUGGACUAGCAGCUAUGCCACAACCACCACCAAGGCCUUCUCCACCAUAUAGGGGAGGCAGUGGUUCAAGCAGCAGCAGCAGCAGCAAACGAAGUAGCGACAAUGGUAGAGGACGAAGCCGUUACAAUCCUUAUUAGUAAUUUAAUAAUUCUGUCUUCUUUAUUUGGAAAAAACACCCCCAACCAAGUCACCAAAACGAACAAAAAAAAGUCAAUGUUAACCAUUGUUGUUUUCUUCUUUAUGCCAUUUGUUUCGACUCUUUAGAUUUUGCUGGUGAAAAUGGGGUUUCGUUUUAACUUAUGUUUUGUAUAUUAUGGGUUUUUCAUGUUCAUUUUAAAAUACAAUUUUGUUUAUUCUUGUCUUUUUCCUGUUACUCAUGUAUGCCCCAAGCUUAGUACUUAAUGAAUAUGUUUGGUCUUC